ACUUAACCUUUAAAAAUAAUGUUGUUUCUUUGUAAAAAUUAAUUAUUUUAUUUUAUUUGCCCGGCCUACUAUUCCAUCACUUUUUUCUCCGUUCAUCAUGUCCGAACCUUCCCAGUCCCAACCUUUUCCCAAUCAUGGCGGCGUAGCCUGAUUCAAAACCCUAAACCCAACCCUUCACUGCCCCGUUCCUACCAAACUCCAAUGGCUACUGCACUCGCUCUCAGAUUCAGAUCCAAUCUAACCCGCACCGCCUCACUCCUCAUCUCCUCUCUCCAUCCACCACAAUUCAAACCCUCGCCGCCACUCUUCUCUUCCUUCUCAAUCACCCCUUCCACCCCCCUCGAUUCCACCUCCUGGUUCUCCCUCUCAACCCACCGUUUCCUCUCCACCGCACGCCGCCAACCUACAUCGCGGCCUAAGAAAACCAUCGACAUCGCCGCACGCGCUCGACAACUCCAAGCCAAGCGUCUGUGGACCUACGGACUCUCAUUUGCGACGUUCGCCGGUUUCAUCGUCGUCGUUCUAAACAACUUCCAGGAUCAAUUAGUCUUUUACGUCACUCCAACCGACGCAAUAGAUAAAUUCCGAACUAACUCUACCAAAGCCAAGUUUCGAUUAGGCGGUUUGGUUCUCGAAGGAAGCGUUGUGUAUCCAUCUUCUUCUCCAGGUGUGGAAUUCGUGAUCACCGAUUUGAUUACCGAUAUAGUUGUUCGCCAUGAAGGCUCUCUGCCUGAUUUGUUCAGGGAAGGACACUCUGUUGUUGCUGAAGGGUUUGUGAAGCCUUUCACAGAUGAAAUCAAAAAAGAUAAUUCUUUGAAGAAAGUUUCUGCGAAGGCUAGGAGUGGAGAGUAUUAUUUUUCUGCUACUGAAGUUCUUGCAAAGCAUGAUGAGAAAUAUAUGCCUAAAGAGGUUGCUGCUUCAAUUGAGAAGAAUAAAAAGAUUCUUGAGGAAGCUAAUGCUGUGCUUGAAGUGAAACCCAACAUCGCUUCAUAAUUUGAUGCUGCAUUGCGUGUACUGUCAUACUUGCCAUUACCUUACUCUGCUUUGAGCUGGCUGUGGGUGAUACCAACUCCAAUAAGGGAUGCUGUGUAUGAUUAUAUAGCAAAAACCCGGUACAAAUGGUUUGGCAAGGCUGAAGAUUGUUUGGUUUUGCAAGAGAAGGAGCUGCUUGAGCGUUUCAUAGAUAGGGACGUAAUGAUGAAACGAGAUUCCUAGUUUUAAUAACUGCUGCCUCAUGAAUCAUGAUAGAUUAAUUAACACUAAUGUAACAGUUAUGUUUAUGUUUUGGUCCAAUGAAAGGGCCUCCACAAGUAGUAGUAUCCUUCACCCAACAUCAAUCACAAAUUGUUUUAGUAUAUCUUUAGAAUUAUGUGAAUAGCAAAAGAGUAGAUUUAUCAUUCAUCUUAUUUAAACGCUUUCUAGAUGCUGUAUUGUGCAGAAUUUGGAAAUAUUAAUCAAACAUCACAUUAUACACUUCA